AUGAGUUCGAGGUUUUCGAAGCUGUUACGAGAGAAUACGUUGAUCUUAGAGCAUGCAGAACUUGUGCCCCCUGAUGACCUUGAUAAACCUAAACAUCAGGUUUUCUAUUUACCUAUGCAUGCAGUAUACAAAGAGUCUACCACCACAAAGGUUCGAGCAGUUUUCGACGCGUCAGCGAUAUCAUCAACUGGUGUCUCUCUGAACGAUACCCUAUUGGUAGGGCCAACUAUACACCCUCCAUUGAUCGAUGUUAUUCUCAGGUUUCGACUCCAUCGAGUUGGACUUACAGCUGAUAUAAGCAAGAUGUAUCGAGCCAUUGAGCUCACAAAGAACGACAGAGAUCUCCACCGUUUUGUAUGGAGGUCUUCACAAGGCGAUAUGCUUAAAGACUAUCGAAUGACAAGAAUCACCUUCGGUGUGUCGGCGUCCUCAUUUGCUGCAAACAUGUCUGUGAAACAGAAUGCAAUAGACUAUGCUCACGACUACCCUAUAGCAACAAAGGCUGUAGAGGAGUCAUUUUAUGUUGAUGAUGCGCUGACUGGUGCUGACAGCAUAGAAGAAGCAAUCUGCUUGCAAAAGCAACUCCAAGAUCUUCUUUCUUGUGGAAAAUUCUUGCUACGCAAAUGGAAUUGUAGUGAUCCCGCUGUGCUUGAUACUAUUCCGUUUGAACUCAGAGACAAACACGAAGUACAAAGCAUCACCAAUUCACAGGGAAAAACAAAGACUACUCAGUCUGAUCAAUUCAAUUUAACCAUCGCUGACUUACCUUCACUGGAGAGUGUAACCAAACGGGCACUUGCGUCUGAUUUAGCUAAAACAUUAGAUGUUUUGGGAUGGUUUGCCCCUACCACGAUCCAAGCAAAGGUUCUUCUCCAACGCCUUUGGGAAAGAAAAGUUGAUUGGGAUGAUCUGGUCCCUGAUGAUGUAAAGCAAGCUUGGCUACAGUGGAGACGAGAGCUCCCUCUCCUCUCAAGCAAGUCAAUUGAUCGUUACUACUAUCCCAAGGAUACCCAGACCAAAUCGAUUCAGAUUCAUGGGUUUUGCGAUGCUUCAGAAAUUGCCUACGCAGGGGUUGUAUAUAUUCGUAUGACUGAUACCCAAGACAACACUCACGUGUCCCUGGUCAUGGCAAAGACUAAAGUGGCACCUAUAAAGAGACAAACCAUUCCCCGCCUAGAGUUGUGUGGAGCUCACUUGUUGGCAAAACUACUACGUCAUGUUAAAGAGAUCUUCAAUGUUCCAAUGCACGAUACUUUUGCAUGGACAGACAGUACAAUUGUACUCUGUUGGUUGAAUGGUAAUCCCAGACGUUUUAAAACAUUUGUCGGUAAUAGAAUAUCAUUCAUCAUGGAUCAAAUAUCUCCAGACCGAUGGAGCCAUUUCAGCAGUUCUGAUAAUCCUGCUGAUUGUGCGUCCCGAGGACUUUUUCCUUCCGAGUUGCUAGAAUACAAAUUGUGGUGGAACGGACCAAGUUGGCUACUUUCUCAUCCUGGGCAAUGGCCAAAUCAAUUCAAAAUCUCGUCAGAACAAUUUCCUGAAGAAGAACGGGAAAUUUGUCUCGCUCUCACAGUUCAAUCCACAGCUCCUCUUAUUCCUCUUGAUCAAUACUCAACGUUUACACGCCUUAAACGAGUUACAGCAUGGAUUUUUCGCUUUUGA